GCUGCGUGAAAACUGCGCACCAGCAGACGCCACAUGGUCAUGGAACGAGAGCGGCCACUACAGCAACGAGCACCAUCCGACGAGUGCACCUCACCACCAUCGCAGGACACGUGGCCUCCACAGCAGCAGCAGAACCUGAUGGAGAGUACGGCCCAAAUCAACCGAGUAGCCGUGCAGCUAGGAGAGUUCACGCCGGAGGACCCUGAACUCUUCUUCGGCAUCGCCGAUCGCAGUUUUCACGCAGCCGGGAUCACUUCCGAAUCAACAAAAUUCGGCCACAUCUGCGGGAAGCUCUCCAGGUCAAGGUACGCCACCGACGUGAGGGAUAUCAUCCUGAACCCUCCGGCGGACAACCCCUACACAUAUUUAAAAACGGAGCUCAUAAAGCGCCUGAGCUCCUCCCAGGAGGAGAAGACGAGGAAGCUCCUAGAAGGCGCAGAAAUGGGAGACAUGAAACCGUCUCAGUUUCUGCGCCACCGAAAAAACCUGGCGGGACCCAACUUCCCGGACGAUGCUCUCCGGACACUGUGGGUCACGCGCCUUCCGGCCGACGUCCAGGUGUUAUUGGCCACCCAGCGCAAGGCCUCCCUCGACGACGCUGCAGAUCUGGCCGACAAGACCAUCCAGAUCCUGAGACCAAGGAUCCCACCUGCUGCUCCACAGGUCGCUGAGGCAGCGGCGCACAGCAUUGAGGCGCUCCUGAGCCUCAAGCUGUCCCAGUUGGCCCUCAACCUCAAGGAACAAUUCGGCGACUUACGCUCUGAAAUCGAGAGCCUGAAGCGGUCGAGCAGAGGAGACGGAGGAUCCCCCCGCGGCCGCAACUUCAGGCGAGAGAGGUCCAGGUCGCGCUCCACGCACCGGCAGCACGGAACCGACCGCAUCUGUUGGUACCAUCGGCGCUUCGGACCUGAGGCUAAAAUGUGCACACGACCGUGCAAUUUCACCGCUCAGGGAAACGGACCGAGCAGUCACUAA